GGAAUCGAGGAAGAUAGCAGCAGGCAGGCAGAGGCAGAGGCAGAGGCAGAUGCAGGAAGAAAGAGGAGGGGAAUUUUCAUUUUGUAGCUAGCUAGCUGCUAGGGUCUGCUUGCUCGUCGCCUCGCCUGCCUCCUCCCCAUCGGCUAGGGCUAGCUAUGAUCCCCAACUCGUCUUCCCCUCCCCCUCUCGUCGUAUUCUGAAUCUUGUUCGCAAUCGAAUUCGGAUUCCGUUGGGAGGGGAACAAAUCCACCGCAUCCACCCCGCGGCCACCUCCAUACUAUGGUUCACUCUCCGCGCCGCCCAUCGCCGUCGUCCUCCUCGCCGAUGCUCCACAAGAACCUCCGCGCGCUGGGCCCCGGCUUGAAUCCCUUCGCUCCCUUCGGCAUGGGCAACUACUCCCUCGCUUCCUCCUCCCGCUAAUCCUCUCCUCCGAUUCCGAUCUCUGCCCCGAUUGCUGCUGCUGCUGCUAAAUCCCGUCCCGGCUGCUUCCUCGCUCGCGAAUCGCCUCCUCCCGUCUGUUUCGUUGCUCCAUUGGUUUGGAUCUGACAGCCGACGCGGGCUACGAGAAUAGCAUGGUCCAGGUGCGCUGGUCGCUGAGCAUGAGCCGCCUCCGGGGCUGCCACGCCGCUGAUGACCGUGGCUGGAACCCGCUCCAUGUUGCCGCUCGCAAGGGAGACCUCAAGGAGGUCCGACGUCUCCUGGAUGAGGGGAUGGAUGUCAAUGCACCUGCAUGGGGACCAAAAUCUCCGGGUGCCACCCCGCUCCAUCUGGCUGCUCAGGGCGGGCAUGUUAAAAUCAUGGAUGAACUACUGGAACGUGGUGCAAAUAUUGAUGCUCGAACAAAAGGAGCCUGCGGCUGGACACCGCUUCACAUUGCUGCCAAGGAAAGGAACAAGAAAGCUGUGAGAUUCCUGAUUGAGAAUGGUGCAUUCCUGCCUCCUGAGAUGAACGAUCACAGGUUCAAUCCUCCCCUCCAUUACUGCUCUGGAUUAGAAUGGGCGUAUGAGGUGAAGCGCAUGCAAGAUGAGAGCGACUCCCCUGGCGAGACCUCCUUAAGCUCGGACAACUAGAUGGAAUUUGAGAAGAUGGACCGUGUCGAGUGUCUAUUCUUGAAUUGUAUGCGCAUCAUCAUUGAGCUGUUUGAUGUCGCAGGAAUUGCCACGUUAGCAAGUGCAAUGCAUGUAGUCUGCUGCCUUGAAUGAUUGUUGAUGAUACCGUACAUGUGCUUUCUGGAAGGGUCCUUGUACUCUGUUGUUGCGUUGUAUUCUUGUGCAUCUGUACGACUGUACCGGUACACGUAUCUACAUGACGUAUCUUGGGAUACACGUGAA